UUCUAUUUAAAUUAUAAAUUUCAUUAUGGAGAACACUCAAAGUCAGUACUAUUCUUAUAAGAAGAAAGGCUACCGCAAGAACACCCUCAUCACAAAUGAAAGAAACAGCUCUCUUACUGAAAGUGCUCAGAAAAACAAAUAUAGGAAGAAUACAGUCCAAGUGGAGGAGAUGGAACACUUUCACGACUGAAUAGACAAGAAAUUCCAAAACAAAGGCAAUUCUCGGACUAGCCGUUGGGUCCAAGACUCAAUGUUUCUCAAGAAUAUUAAGAGAAACCCUACUAAUUCAGAGUCUAGGAAGCUUCAUAACUAUUCCUCAACUCUUCCAUCAGGAUCGGAUGAUACUAAAAAUAAUUUGGUACGGAAGACAUUUUCCGUUGGAGCAAGGGAUGAAGGUUUCCUUUGUAAAUAUCAACGGAAUAAAGAUGCAGGUAAAAAGACCCUUGUGCUAGAUCUUGAUGAAACACUCGUGCAUAGCUCGUUCAGUAUACCAAACUCACCUCCCCUAGUGAACCACUGACUUCUUGACGUGAAAUGGGAGGACGGAGAGAGAAGCAAAGUCUUUGUCCGAAUCAGACCAUAUCUUCAACAAUUUUUAACUGAAAUGUGCAAAAUCUAUGAAGUCAUAAUUUUCACUGCCUCUGUGAAGCAAUAUGCUAUACCUCUAGUAAAGUACCUUGACAAGGAGAAGUACGGCUUCAAGGUUCUCUCUCGUGCCCAUUGCCUUUGUACAACUGGAGGAUAUUACAAAGACUUGUCUAAAUUAGGAAGAGAAAUGAAGGAUGUCAUCAUUGUUGACAAUUCACCUCAAGUUUAUUGCCUCAACAAGUCUAAUGGUAUUCCUAUUAAGUCAUGGUACGAUGAUCCCCAUGAUACUGAACUAUUCAACCUCAUAAAGAUAUUAAAGCAGCUCUCUAAGGUUGGGGAUGUUAGACAUGUCAUACCAAGAAUUUUAACAAAUGACGAACUAAACAUGAAAGAUUAUGAAGAAAUCCAUAAAUUUUUAAGAGGCUCCUCUCCUCUUGAUGAUUUUUACAAAGGAUUCAUGAAACUAAAAGACGAGUUUAAAGGCUUUUUCAAUGUUAAGUCUGAUAGUAGUGAACUAGACCAAGAAGAAAUUAAAGAAGAAACAAGACCUAGCAAAUUACACCAAUACAAGUCUCUUGGCCUCUCCGAUAAACAAUCAAAUUUUAUGGAUGAGGACUCACAAUGAAUUGAAUCAACUAAAAAGAGCAGUAACAUCUUAUCUCUACAGAACACAACAAAAAUGAGCUCAACACAGCAGAGGGAAAAACCAGACUGAGUCAAAGUGAUCCCAAAGUUAGAUAAAUAUUCUUCAGUACAUUACAAAAGUGAAAAAUAAAUCAAAAAGGCCAGGAAUUAUCACUAAUACCUCCUUUGAAUCCAAAGAUGACUUAGUAUUUAGACAAGUCGAACUUCUGCACGAAAAUUUCCGAACCGAAGAUCUUUCAGAAAACAUGUGAUCCUCUUCCGAAUGCGAAACACCUGCAAAAACAGUCACUCCUCUCAAAACUAUCUGUUCAAAACAAUCACCAAAUGAAAAGAAAGACUACCAAAAUAUAUUAACCAAGAGCAAGCAGAAAAUGAACAGAAAAUUCAAUAAAUUCAGAGAAACAAGAAUGAGACAGUCAGACAGCCUCCAAGAAAAUGACUCUUUAGGUAGCAAUUCCCAGAACAAGUCAACCCAGGAAUGAAUUGACGAAGAUAUUCGAGUUAAAAGCGUCUCGAUCAACAAAGGCUUUAAAAAGAUUCUCGGAACUUGUAGCAAAGUAAUGAUUUCAAGGAAAACGACAGAUCAUCAUGGCAGGAACUUUAAUUGCUCUGUCUUGAAAGAUAGUAGCAAUAUAGACACGGAUCUGGGAAUGAUCAAUAACAGACCUCUCACAUCAAGAAAGAUUGAGUGUGAUUAUAAUGAACAGCGUCUUUUUAAACCAAAGUUAAGCUACCCUCAGAAUAGAAAUGCAGAGAAGGAGAAUCAUUACUUAGAGUCAGAGAUCACUCAUGAACUUAGUAUUUCCUUGGAGGUUUCUCCUAGUCCAUGUAAAUAACAAAGUAAAAAAUUUUAAACCAACUAAAAAUAUUUCACAUGUUGAGAAUGACAUAAGCAAUUAUUACACCCAGAGAAAGCCAGAUUGUAAAAAAGACAAACUUCUGAAAGCAUCUCCAGGUAAUAAGGAAUCAGGACUGUUUAUUGCCAAAAAGAAAGAUUCUGUUUGUACCACUACUUAUUCAUCAAACAAACCCUAUUCAUGCUACAAGGCAAGGAAAUUGCUGGCUAGUGAGAAAGGUUUAAGAAGAGGCCCAAUCUUAGAAAACAAUAUCGCAUGAAAUCAGAAGCUAAGAUCUUCUGACAUCCCAUGCGAUACAUCAAAUGAGAAGAUAGAUUCACAUUAUUUUGAUCAGAGAAAUAGUUUAGAAGGCCCAACAGAGAAUUCUAUCCACAAAAAUCCAUUCAAAGUUGCUAGAAAACUUAAUGAAUCUGUAGGAUCAGCAGCAUACUUCAAAGCGAGGAGUAGAAUAUUAAGCCAUAAAAGCACUUAUCAAGACUACAACAAAAGAACCUUUUGCUCAAAGUAA